UUCCGAGAAACACUUGUAUGUAAACCUCUCAAAGAUGUAACUUCCUUGUACUCUUUGCAAUAGUUUGACCCCAUCUGUACUCUUAAAAUGAAAGAUAUGCUUUGAUCUUUUCUGCAGUCUCAUGUAGUCUAUAGUCAUCAACUCAGUUCACUGCAUUUUCUACCUAUAUGCAUGUAGCUAGCAUUUGUUCCAUGAUCAAACUCCAAAGAAAACUGCAUUCGAGAUUAUGAAGAUUUCCUCAGUAUUAAUCAGAGGAUAAAAUUAUUAGCUGGUGGGAAUCAGGGUAAUAUCCUUGUGUUGUUAAUUAACAGAGUGGGCCUUGGGAGGAUCAAGUGUGUGGGAAUUGGGAAGUAAUUUAAUUGCUUCAAAUUGACCAAUCAGAUGCAAGAAUACUCCCUGCUGUUAUGCAGUAUAUGGCUUGCAUUGUUUGGCUUCAAAACCAGAACCAAAAGUGAAACAGACACAGACACAGAUAGAAGAGCAAGUUUAUAGAAGAGGAUUAAAAGUCGAAUCAAAAUGUUAACUAAGUUUUUAUUUUUCCUUUUAGGGCUGUGUUUAACAGUCAGCCUCGGAGAUGCAAAUGAUGGGGCACCAAUUCCAAUUAAGAUGUUCUACAAAUUGAAAGAUGUGAAGACAACGCAGGACUUUAUAAAGAACUUCUUGAAGAAAGGAGAUACAAUUGAAACUCCCGGAAGCAAUGUUCUUAACUCCAGCCUCAUAUUUGACACUUCUACUGGAAAAGUCAUAGACAGCAAUCUUGAUUUUGCUGCCUCUGCAGUGGCGACACCUGAUGGAUGCGUCCCAAAACUUAAACAGGUGGGUCUCGACAAGCACGAGGACCCCGCUAUAGUAAUGUGGCCCCAAUGUACAAAGAUUGAACAGUGUGGGGGGUGCUGUUCCCAUGAAAAGCUGGAGUGUGUCCCAACAACCAGUGAGGCUGUUCAGAUACAGGUCAUGCUCGCCAAGUAUCCUUUCCCUGGCGCUGAAUAUUUUGAUUUUCACGGGGUUGUCAUGAAACAGGUUCACCGCCAUAUGCAAUGUGAGUGCCGCUGCAUAACCCAGCCUGCUCAUUGCACAGCUGUCCAGGUAUAUGUUGAGGAUGAAUGCAGAUGCAAAUGUCCCAAUGAAGACCAAGGCUCAAGGUGUAGCACCAUUAAGAUUUGGAACGAAAAGAAAUGUGCGUGUGAAUGCCGAUCAAAGGAAACGUGCGACGAAGGAUUUUUCUUCAAUGCUGAAGUCUGCAGGUGCCAGCUUCAACCAGUGAGAGGCAGAGGUGGCUUUGACGCCCGUGCCCCAAAUACGAAUCUCCCUAUCCACGAUCCAUGCGCUUACAUCCGUUGUCCUGUAGGAUUUGUGGCAAUGCGAGAAGGUCCCUCAUGUGCCUGUCGCGUAAACCCAUGUAACAGAGUGAGAUGUGGGGCUGGAUUUUCACCAGUACGAUCUGGAAACCAAUGUUCUUGCCGUGUCACGCAACGACGUAAUCCAUAUGGAUCUUAUCCCAACUACAGACUGCCCUCCGGAAAAUAACUCUCAAAGUAUAUAAUGUUUGUUCAGACAGAUAGACUAGGACUUGAAAUUAUUGAAUUUAUACAUUUUGGAUUACAUAUGGAAUUAAGUGCAAACCUGUUGGAAAGUCCCUCCCAAGAGCAUUACUGAAUGAACAUUUCAAACAUUUUUGAUUUAAAACAUUAUGAUGGUCAUAUUAUGUUAAAGGAAAUACAAGGGAUAGAGAGGAGAUAAGAGUAAGUUUCAAAGAUAUUGACAAAUUCUACAAUAAACUGACAAAAUUUUACAAUAAACUGACACAAUUUUACAAUAUUCUUUCUGCAUUUAAAAACCUUUAUCAAAAAUUACAGUUAUAAAAUUGAAUAAAAGUGAAUAAAAAUGGGAUUGUUAGUGAAACAUUGGCAGGAGUUUUGAAGAGAUUUGCUUUCAACAUUUUAUACCCUUUAUCCUAAUCUUGAAUUUCUUUAAUUACAACUGGAUGGUUUAUUGCUUAAUAUACAAUUAUAAAAUUAUCUGUGCCUGAUGAAUUGAUAUCUCUAUACGCAAUAGAUAUGGUAUAAUUUGUGACCGUUAUACUAAAUGUUAUUACUGAAUGCUACAAGUAUUUGACAUAAUUACCGGUAAAUACAAAAAUUUAAACAAUGAUAUACAACUUUAUGGUAAUGUUCAAAAUAUGGAUUGGAUUCAUUUGACUGAAUGAUUUUGGUUGAGUUCAUGGAAAAGGAUGAGAGGAUUGGGUAUUUACAAAUUACGGAUUUUCUGAAACAAAAUUCCCAUAUAUAAUUAUUAUGUAAGAGUAGUUGGAUGGUUCCUUGAAUAAACUCCCGGCUUUAUGA